AUGGAUUCGGAGGAGGAAAAACUUAUGUGUGAUGCUUCGGAUGUGGACUCUGAAGAGGAACGACUGGGCAUCGGUGCACCUAGGUUCCGCCCCGCCAUAUCAAAGCGAACUUUUACUUUGAAGGAUGCUGUGCAGGCUCAGGCAUACGGCCUGUCUACGGGACCCGACUACCUGCUUCCACUGCCCCGGGUUCGAAGUGCAGCUGCCGAUGUCGUGAAGAAGCAUGGCUGCACCGGGCAGCCACUGAUCCAGCUCGGUCCUACCGAAGAUCAAGCCUUCAAGACCCACGUGGUCUGGUACGACAUGCGGUUGAAGAACCAGGAUGUCAUCAUCUUCGAGAACACGCCGCAGUACCAACUGCCCAUCCUCGAAGAGAAGUUUGGUCAAUACUAUGACAUACGAUCGGCGAGGUUUUGCUCUCGCCACUUGGGCUUCUCUGCAGCAAGGGCCCGGCUUUGGGUUGUCAUGACAAGAAAGGGCAGGGCAAGAUGGAUCACGCACGAGUCCCUGGAGAGCUUGAUCAAGGUUCUGUUUGCUGCUCCACAAAUGGAAGCAGUGGACUACUUCUACCUGGACAAGCCGCCGACGGUCCUCAAUGCAGCCCAGACAAGGACGAAGCGAACGUAUGACCAAGCCUUUGCAGGCUCCAAGAAGGUCUACGACCUCGCACAGCAGAGUCAGAAGUUCUUACGCACCGAGCUGCACGACAAUUCUCUCAUGACUUUGAAGCGCAACUGUGGAAACUUGUUCUCAACGGUCCACAACCGCGUCAUUGACAAGGAAGAGCUUUUCACUGCAGAGACAGCUGGAUCUUCGAGUGUGGACUUGAGUCCCCUGCCCACGGCAUCGGUGGCCAGCUGCCUGGCAGGAAACGGCAUGCAUGUAGCACAAGCGGGGGCGAUUAUUCUGAUUUGUGCCCUGUUCAUUGAAGCCGUUCCGAGACAUGCCUAG